ACCUACCUCACUCAAUGCUAAAAGCUUCGGAUUAUUAAAGUUCUUGGCUUAGAGCUUUGUUUCGUUGCCAAACAAAUUUUACUGGCUUUUGCUCUCUUCUUGUUCAGGUAAGAAAUUGUAUACUUGCAAGGAAAUGGCCGCAUCAAGUGUCAUGCAAUCCCUCCUGCUGGCAGGUGGCCUUGCUAAUAGGAGUAAGGUGAUUCAAUUUUUUCCUGUAAAAUCCAUGCCUCGUCUGCAAAGAAAUGCCAAUCUUCAGGUUCGGUGCUUGGCAGAGGAAGACCAGAGGGAGCAACCAACAACGCCUGUAACAGGUUCAACCCCAGAAUCUAAGCCGAAUCCCUCUCCAGCACCAGCAACACCAAAAGUGAGUACGAAAUUCUCUGAUGUGUUGGCCUUCAGUGGACCAGCACCGGAGAGGAUCAACGGAAGAUUGGCGAUGGUUGGCUUUGUUGCAGCCCUGGCAAUGGAGCUAUCCAAGGGCCAGGAUCUGUUUACCCAAAUAUCAGACGGUGGGAUCCCUUUGUUCCUUGGAACAAGCAUUGUGCUAUCACUUGCAUCUCUGAUUCCAUUAUUUAGAGGCGUGACAGCUGAGUCCAAAUCUGAAGGUUUUAUGACUUCGGAUGCUGAGCUGUGGAAUGGGAGGCUUGCCAUGCUGGGGAUUGUCGCUUUGGCUUUCACUGAAUAUGUCAAGGGUGGAGCCCUAGUGUAAUUUUUGUUCUUAACUCUAUGUUUCUUAGGUUACAAAAAUUCCGAUCUGUGGAAAAACUUAUCACCUAUCCAUGUAAUUAGCAAAUCGGAAAUGUAACGAAAUUUCCAUGCCUUAAAAACUCUUUGACUGCGAUGGGAGGAUGGGAAAGUAAUAAUAUAGAUAUCUCCAUAUGAAUAGGUGAGAUGAUUACUGAUUAGCUAUCUUGAUAUUUAGAGUAAGGGUGAUGAUAAUUAAUUAGUAGCGAUAAAAUUAAAUUUAUAAUAAUACCAAUGAUUUAAAUACUAUAGUAAAAUCAAUUAUGCAAAUAUGCGUUUAA